UGUCAGCUGCAAAUUAGAACUUGAUUUUCUCGUCAGCAGAAAACCGUAAAAUAAACUCGAUAUUCUAUUAUAACUUCGAAGAAAUGAAAUCGAAUAUUUUGUUAGCGAUUUUAAUUGCACUCAGCGCAGUUGUCGCGGCUCAUAAGUCCCACAAGCCAUCACAAGCACACCAAUUCUACGAAGAAUGCCUGAAAGAGUCUGGAGCAAGUCCAGCGCUGUUGGAUCCUUUGAAGAAAGGUGAUUUCAAUGCUGUCGGUGAUAAAGCGAAAUGCUUUUUGAAGUGUCUCGAGAAUAAGAAAGGUAUUUUAGAAAACGGCGCGCCAAAUGAAGCGGACAUACGUAAAGUACGCAAAGUCGGUAAUGAAGAACCAAAAAACAUUCUAGCUAAAUGUAAUGGCUUGAUGGGCGCUAACGAGUGUGAUACAGCCUUUCUGUUAUAUAAGUGCUAUUGGCAGGAGCAUGCUGCUUUGAUUUGA